AUGUUACAUAUGAUUUGUGGCUAGUGGAGUYUGCUGUGCGUCGCAGCAGCAACUUCCCGCCGAGACGCUUCCGGUAGCAGCGCGUGACCGGACCAGAUUUUUCAAGUACCUCUGCUCCUGCAAGCACGAAAAGUUUCAGCAAGUUCGUCACUUCCGCUCCUCGGGCCGUCCAAUAGUUCCAAAGACCCGGCGACCCCAGAAGUUACGUGAACUCCGAGUGGCCUCUUUCCGGUUCCGGAGCGGAGGAUCCCUGGUAGAAACAUGAAGCUGCUCACCCACAAUCUACUGAGCUCACAUGUGCGGGGGGUGGGGCCUCGUGGCUUCCCCCUGCGCCUCCAGGCGACCGAAGUCCGAAUCAAUCCCGUGGAGUUCAACCCAGACUUCGUGGCGCGGAUGAUACCCAAGGUGGAGUGGGCGGCGCUUCUGGAGGCGGCUGACACCUUGCACCUGGUGGAGGUGCCAAAAGAGCCUACUGAGGGCUACGUUAACGACGAGACAUUUCUGAGAAAGAUGCAUCACGUGUUGCUGGAGGUGGAUGUGCUGGAGGGCACCCUGCAAUGCCCGGAGUCAGGACGUGUGUUCCCCAUCAGCCGCGGGAUUCCCAACAUGCUGCUGAAUGAUGAGGAAACCGAGACUUAACCGUGUCCAGCAUCAGUUUUACGUUUUGUGACCGUGUGUAUUUUUGUUAACAUAUAUUCUGUUUGUUAGUUCUACAGUGUGUAGUCCCAGCCCUUGACCCAAUGACACACUGACCACAGUGGUUUUGAGCUCCAUAGUAUAUCUUUUUUUUUUUCUCAUUAAAGGUUCAAAACCAAAAGCGGUUUCUCUUUGCAGCAAAUAUACAUUAAAAUAGAGUCUCUGUACAGCCAAAGGCUCUGGGCCCUGGCUUGCCCCAUGUCCCUGCGCCUCCCUGGCCAAACCCAAAAAUAAAUAUAGUGUUAUUGCUCUGCAGGGCAUAGAGGCAGUGCUCUCCCCACCCCCUGAGGAGGCUGGGUGGGAGCUGAUGGGGGGCCCUGGCCACCCCAGGGUCCAGGGGCUGGAGCCUGCUUGGAGUUAUUGCUUCAAGGGGGGGCAUUAAUGCCCAAUGCAAAUGAGGAGGAGCGAAGGGGGCAGGGGCCUUUGCUCUCCAAAUACCCCUCUAGUCUGGAGAGGGGAUCGGAUUAA